GAGGGUGGUAGGGUAUACCAAUGCGGAGACAGAGGGGCAGGCUGCAAGUGCGUUAGUCGCGCAGCUGUCAUUCGGUUCUACAAAGCCCACCUCCUCCUCUUCUUCUCCAUUUAGCCAGCAAAUCAGCGUUUGCAGCUGUCGGAUCUUUCUCUCUCCCACUUUUUUUUUUUCCUCCCUCUUUCUUCUCUCUUGUACUCUCGACCAACCCACUAUUUGAAACAACUCAUCAAAAAUAAUAACGGCAGCAACAACAACAAUAACGACAUCAUAAAAUAUAUCCACCUCUUCAAUGAUUCUUCUGCUGUAAAGAGAGAGAGAGAGAGAGGGGGGUGUGUGUGGGGGGGAAUGGAGGUGGAGGCCGCACAUAUAGAGCUCAAAGCAAAGAAAAUCAUGAGGUGGAAAAGAAGAUACAGCUUAGCCCAGUACUCUUGUCAACGACACGAGUGAAUGUGAUCAUAUAAUACCAUACAUUUUGUUUGCGAGAUUUUUGAUGAUUUAGAUGCCAUGGCUUACCCACAUUACCGAUCACAGUUCGGCGACACCACGUUUACCAAAGUCUUUGUUGGCGGCCUAGCUUGGGAGACCCCAACCGAAGAAAUGCGCAGAUAUUUCGAGCAGUUUGGAGAGAUUCUUGAAGCUGUUAUAAUUACCGAUAAGAGCACUGGAAAAUCUAAGGGAUACGGAUUCGUGACAUUUCGUGACCCGGAAUCGGCGAGGAGGGCUUGCGCUGAACCGAACCCUGUGAUCGAUGGGCGGAGGGCCAAUUGCAAUAUCGCUUCGUUUGGACGACCCCGACCGUCGCCGCCCCGAGGAAGAAAUCAAGGUGGUAGUUCUUAUCAAGGAGGUGCACCAUCCUAUAGUGGAGUCGUGGCACCGUCUCCUGCACCGCCCCCACCUCCUCCUCCUCCUCCUGUUAUUUACCCACCCUACGGGUAUCCAACUUACUCUCCUGAUUAUGGCUACCACCAAGCUCUGUAUAACCCACAAGUUCAACAGCCACAAUACUACCAGCAUUUGUACGGAACAUCUUCUUCUAGCAUGGGCAUGGGCUCUCCCUAUUACUAUGGUUACUCUUACCAAGCCCCAAGGGGUUCAUUUUCUUCAGUACCCCAGGGCCAACGCCUCCCCGGAUCUUCCUACAUAUACUAUCCCAUGCAGAUGGACAGCUCCCUCUCCACUACUUUUCCCACAAGGCAUCCCUUUCCUUCUUCUACUGAUUCACAGAUGGCAGCACAGCGAAUUAGCUCCACGACAGAAGCUGGAGUUGUUUCUUCAGAAAGUCCAAAUACCUAAAAGAACUCAUCAAUAUGUAGAUGGCUUGGUUAAAAGCUUCAAUUGUAUAAUAUUGACAAGUUUAUCAUGUCCAUCAUCUCUUUUUUCCUUUCUGAAAUUCUCGACGAUUUAUAUGAUUCUUUGGUCCAAAGUUGUAGCAUCACUAAUGCUGCCAGAGAUUUCCUUGGUUCUUCCCAGCUAUGGCAGGAAAAGAUGGACCUAUCAACUCCCUUUUGCAGAUUUUUCCCCCAUUUUAUUCGAGCUCUUUUAUUCUUCGUCAUAAGAGGUUAACAUCUUUUCAUAAACUGUAUGGACAAGAUAGGAGGGAAGUUCAGACCCUCAACAAGAAGUUCUAGAUUUUAAACAUGCUGAUCUGAAAAUAAUA